AUGUUAAAAUUUCAUGAAACAAAAAGUAGGACCAAACUUAAUGAACUUUAUGUUUUCGAUAAGAAACAAUUGAAUCGUGCAGCUCUUGUGAGACAAGAUGAAAAAGAUUUUAAAGGAUGGAAGAAACUUUCUGUUAAAAUUACACAAACAUUUGGUGAUUAUCCUUUCGGAUUGCAAUACUUUGCCCUUGAGAGUGAAUCAUCAUCAUCAGCAAAAACAGAUGAAUCGAACAAAAUGUCUGAUGAAUGUUCUACACCAUUAAUUAUAAGAGGAUCCACUUUGGAUAUUCCUUUCCUUUCCGAUGAUGAUGAACCUAUGAUAAGUGGACAAGAUCAAUUAGAGGAAGCUAGAAAAAUGGCAAAAACCAAAUUGACCUUAUCACCAGCAUUGAAUAUUACUCCAGAUCUUGGAUCUUCUUCUUCAACACCUUCCAAACCUAAGAAAAGAACCUUACCAAGUGGUAUUGCUGCUAAACCUCAAAAGACUCAAAAGAAGAAUGAUUUAAGUGAUGACAGUGAAAAAUCAGAUAAGGAAACUAAAAAGAAAACUAAAAAGCCAGCAGCCAAGACAGACAAAAAACGACCAAAAUUUAAAUCUAUUAGUGACGAUGAUGACGAUAAGGCAUCUGCCAGUGAUAGCUCAUCUAAAAAGAAAAAGACAACUAAGAAAGCUGAUGCUAAAAAGCCAACCAAAAGAAAAACAACCAAAAAGAAAAAGACAUUGGACGAUCCAUCAGAUACAGACGAUGAAGAAGAAUUAAUUGAUAAUGCAAGUGAUGCUGAUGAAAAUGGAAAUUUGGCAGGUUUUGUUGUCAGUAACAAAACAGUCAUCAAAGAUAAUAAGAAACUUCAGGAUGGUCCAGUUUGUACAAAUAAGACUGAUGUUUUACAAGGAUGUAUUAUAGCUAUUAGUGGUAUUCAGAAUCCAAAGAGAACAGAAAUUAGAGAGGCUGCCAUGGCUAUUGGUGCAAAAUAUAGACCUCAAUAUACAGCUGACACUACUCACUUAAUUGCUGCCUUUGUUGAUGAUAGAAAUGAAAAGAGUAAGCAAGCAAAGAAAGCUGGUGCAUUCAUUGUAAAUGCAGAAUGGGUUUUUGAUUGUGAAAAGAAUUCCAGGAGAAUGAAUGAAAGUAAAUAUUCUAUGCUGAAGGAUGAAAGUGAAGACGAGAUUGAAGGUUCUGAUGAGGAAUAUCAAUUAUCUUCUUCAAGUGAUGAUCUAUUGGGAGAUGGUGAGGAUAGAGAAUAUCGUCCAAAAAGAAAAAAGAGAAAGGUAGUAGAAAAGAAGACCAGAUCUGUGAAAAAGGAAAGUGACGACGAAACUAAUGAUGAUGGAAACGAAAGCGAUAAAUCGCUAGGAAAAAGUAAUAGCCAAAGUUUAGCUCCACCUCCAAUUGUAAAAUCAGAAAAGAAGGAAAAUAGUCAAGUUAAAUCCGAAGUAAAUUCUGAUGAACAGCAGGUAGUGGCUGAUAUUCCAAUUAAGGUUGAAGAACUCAAAGUUAAGGAAGAAGAGAGCAAACCAAUAGCUCAAGACUGUGCCAUGGAAGAUGAUAUUCUUUCCUCGUCUGAUGAACAAGAAGUUUUAAGAUUGAAGAGUUUUUAUGACAGUGGAAAUUAUUCGAAAUCUUUUUCUGAUUUUAUUGUUGAGGAUAUAUUUGCCUUAGCUUACCAAACAGCACAGGAUGGAGAGCUUUUUGACUACUUUGACAAGUGGUCACUUAAAACACCAAGUCCAAAGUUUAUUAGAAUGAUUGCAAGAUCAUCCGUUGAAGGUCCAGAGGAAGUAGUCAAACAGUUGGAUGAAUGCAGAGAUAAUAUUUUAAAAUAUAUUGAGGUCAACUUUGCCUCUAAAAAACCUAAAACAGAUGGCAGUCAAAGGCAAACAAGAACUCACAAGGUAUAUCAUUUCUUACGGAGGUGA